CGCGUGAUACGAUUUCAUUCUCAUUUUUAGUUUUGCUCUGUUCGAGAGCAACUCGCCCUCGCAAGACGCCUCCUCGGUUCACCUAACAUCCCAUUCAUCUGCUCGCUUGAGGGGAGUACUGGCUGUCCACAUGGACUUUCAGAAGUGGCCUUCUGAACUCGCUGAUCGCAUGUAUCUUAUCAGUUGAUCAACAAAGUUAAUUCGGAUUAGACACUCCACAAUGAGGUUGCUUUUUUCACCUGCUCCCCUUGCAAAGCCGUGUGUUCGAUGAAGCAUUAUACUGCCUUGUCCCGCUGCGGUAUAAAGCUCACAAGCUGAGUGUCUAAACCUUCACUGUGCCUGCAUCAUGUCCGUCACAAUGGCAACCGCUCUCGUCAGCUUUAUCCUCGCGCAAAGCAUCCAUGCCGCGCCUAUCUCUCAACAUUCCCCACCCAACAGUACAGCUUUCUCGAUAAAUUACUCGGAUGCGUGUAACGAUCUGCGCCACUGUCGGACUAUGUGGAGCAUGGUAUACAGCUGCCUCCUUACGAUAUUCGCUUGUGUUUGGACAGCAAUUCAUCCAGAUUUGUUUAAGGAACAUCCAUUUUGGGAGCCCCAACCGCAAUCAUCUCGUAAGAUUCAAAUGAUGAUGACGUUGGUUUUGCCGGAGGUGGUUGUCAUGGUUGCAUGGACUGAGUUCUCCAAGGCGUGGAGAAUAUCUCAAAAGUGUACUGGAAUUCAAGGAUGGACAUUCACCCAUUCAUAUUUUGUUACUAUGGGUGGCUUCUUUAACUCUUUCACACAAGAGGUAGUGGAGCUGGAUGAAAGUCAAGAUCCUUCUACUGUCUUUGAGAAAUACCCCGGCAUAAUCGACAAGUCAGGAAAUGAUAGAAAGGUCGCAGUAACAAGGGAGCAGAUCCUCGACAGAAGUAAAGGCAACUUUUUUGCAAAAUCCAUUAUCGUCCUCCAGUCACUGUGGUUCACCAUUCAGUAUGUUGGUCGGUGGGCAAGUCAUCUACCCAGGUCGCAACUAGAAACGAUGACUCUUGCCUAUGCGGCACUUAGCAUCCUUUGUGCUUUGUGGUGGCAUAAACCACUGGAUGUCCAUUUCCCCAUCCAUGUAACGGAAGAGACUCAGCCCAAUCCCUUAAAUUCUGAUACCAUCACUGAUCAAGUACUGCCCGCAAAUCUGACUUCCUUUGCGGCGAAGAUCAUGGCAUUAAAUCCCGCAUGGAUACUUGGAAUCACUGGUGUCGUUUUUGGUGGGGUUCAUUGUCUUGCCUGGUCGUUUCCGUUUCCGACACGUGUGGAGAAACUUUUGUGGUGCAUUUUUGCGAUAAUUAUUACUGUGAGCCCUGGCCCUUUUGCAUGGGCCAUGGGAAAGGGUAGAGGGUUACAUGUGUCCUCCGGAAUUCUCUUCGCGUUUUUUUUUUGCUAUUGUUCGGGUUAUCCUGUUCACUCUCACAUUUACGUCUUUGCGAUCUCCACCCCCGGGUCUUUACCGAACUACAUCCUGGACGUCUUUCAUCCCCCACAUAGGAUAGUAUAACAUAAUCGUAGAGACAUAGUAUUCUCGCUCUGCAUAACAAGAAACAGUAAGGCUCAGUACCCGAAUGCAUUUCUAUUUUCAUGGCAGCUUCCUGAAUGCAUCUAGGGUACUUUUCUGAUUUGAUUUGGCUUGGAUACC